GUACAGGCGGGCUGCCUAUCAUGGCUUGGCUACUCCAAGCAUUUGAGAUUAAUUCUAAAUUCUGCAAACAAUCGAUCGCAAUAUAGUCUCACUAGAUUUGGGUAGGAUGGUUGAGUGUACCUUCAUCUUUCUACCUCAUCAUCGCACUGUAGUAGUGAGCGAUCGGGACAUGCAGCGAUCGUCGAGGCCACUGCUGCUCUGGCAUGUAUAGGUUGGAUGUCGCGUUCGCGGUUAGUUUACAGGCGGAGAUCUCUGACUCCAAGGCCCUGAGAGAGCCUCCUCAGUUACACGGUGGUUGUAUCUGCACGGAGUGGUUCCGGUGCUUUGCAUAAUUUCUCCUCAAGUCUGUUUCCUGUAGGUUUCUAAGAGACUUCUUUGAGACCACAUUCUCUCGCAUUCCUUGUGCCAGCGUCGCUUGGUAAUGAAGCACUUACUUGUUGCAUCUCGUCUUGUUAAGCUUGAACUUGUCUCUGUUUUCGAGCGCUGCACUUAUGACUUGCAGGGUCAACACGAGAUGUUCGAUCUAUUAGACAUUCUCAGGUGAACGAGUCAGGAGACUAGUGCCGGAUUCGUGUUAAAGUGUAACUUUUGCAGUUUUUCAUCAGUCAGCUUCUGUUUGCUGCACGCAAGUUAGUGUUCACCAGUCCUUAGACUUACGUCUGUUGGAUUUCAAAUGGUCCCAGUUGUAAUCCUGUGACAAGUGUAGACAUAGUCUCUAAGAAGCAAGCUACUCUCUGCUUGCGUUUCAGUUGCUUUGUAGCUGAUCAUUUCCCUCCGGAGUCUCCAACAGGAGAAAAAGGAAUUUGAAGUUUGGUUGUGCACAUGUCUGGGUAUGUGAAAAUCUUCAUUUGGGAAGCUCGCGACUUUGCCAUUUAACAAAAGACACUUGACACCUUUUUCAAUUUCCGAAAAAAUGACUGCCACUCACGUUGCAAGUAACAAGAGAUCAUCCACCUCAUUCCCCGAGUUCGUCACAGCCCCUUGUAAGCGAUGGAAAUCCGAAGCGGCCUGGCAUCACGUGGAAGAAAUAGUGCCAGAGCCACCGCCUGCACAGGAUUUUGAUCUCAAGGUAAAAACCUGCUAUUCAAAUAUGGUGCACCCAGAGCCCACGUCGGUGUUGGAUUUGCAAACCAGUCCAGGACGGUCUUGCUCGUCGACGAGCCUGAGCUCGGGGACGGACUCCCCUCACUCCGUCUCCACAGACUCUUCCAAUUUCUCCACCACUCUGCAACAAGUUGAGCAAGAUGACAUCGCUAACUGGGUGGACUGCAUGGGUUUGCCCGAAUUUGAAGAAUGUGGGCGUCCUUUGGAGGAGGUUCUAAAGUCCGACAUCGACUUCAAUACCACUGACAUCGACUUCGGCUUCGAGAUGACAAGUUUGGAACAUUGCAGUGCCGUUGCGGAGCAUGAUUUCUCCGUGAGCCUUUUGUCUGACUUCCUCGGGGAGCCCGAUGAGAAUCUCCUUCUCCCGGAGAGCUUCCACUAUGCAAAGAGGUUGCAGGAAUUAGACGAUUCACUAUCGUCAAUGUUGAAUGAGGUACGAUCGAGCGGCUCAGACUCGGAGAGCAGCAUCCCGACGACAGCCGAGCUCGUUAGACUUGUUGAAGCGCAGUCUUGCGAGGACUUAGGAAGACAAAGAGCUUGUGGCGCCAGAAACCACCACCACAGCCGCGCCGGGAGCUUGGGCUCGACGAGCGAACCGCAGACCUUGCAGCAGCCUGAAAACAGCGGACUGCAGCUGGUGCAUCUACUGUUGGCGUGCGCUGAAGCGAUUGACAAAUCCCACUUUCACAAAGCAAAUCCUAUUUUGGACCAAUUGGGCAGAUUCUCCAACGCUUACGGUGGCCCCAUGCAACGAAUCGCUCUCUACUUCGGAAACGCCCUCAGCAAUCAUCUCGCCGGGGUUGUCAGCCCCACUGAUCCCCACUCGCCCUCAGAUUCCAAGUUCGCGUACCAAGCCUUCUACAAAAUUCUUCCGUUCGCUAAAUUUUCACAUGUCACGGCGAAUCAGACCAUAUAUGAGGCAGUUCUGAGGAGCCAGAACGUUCAUGUGGUUGAUUUGGACAUUCAACAGGGACUGCAGUGGCCAUGCUUCAUACAGUCCCUGGCCAUGCGCCCUGGGGGUGCUCCUCACCUCAGGAUCUCGGCGGUCGGGAUGAAUAUGGAGAGUUUGCAGACAACCAAGCGGUGGUUAACAGAAUUUGCUGAAGACCUCAAGGUGCCAUUCGAGUUUACCCCAGUUCUCUCGACUUUGGAGAAUCUCACCCCAGCGAUGUUGAAUAUUCGGGCUGAUGAAGAUUUGGCCAUCAACUGCUCCCAAGUGUUGCACACACUCUCCGGAGACGAGGCCGUUUUAGAAAAGUUGCUGUGCAUGUUUCGUAACCUAAGACCGAAUGUGGUGACACUGCUGGAGGCCGAAGCUAACUAUAAUGCGGCCUCGUUCAUUACGAGAUUUAUCGAGGCACUGCACUAUUACUGUGCGCUGUUCGAUUCUUUGGAAGGAGCGUUAGGUCGCGACAGCGCAGACAGAUUCCAUAUUGAGAGCACGGCAUUUGCUGCCGAGAUUAAUGAUAUCCUCGCAAGUAAGGACAGUAGUCGGCGUGUGCGACAUGUGAGGUCAGAGACAUGGCGAGCCUUGUUUAAGAAAGCUGGAUUUCGAUCUAUGGCUUUCAGUUCGUAUACUGUACGGCAAGCUCAGAUGCUGCUGGAGAUCUUGACCUCGAAGCACUUGAUGCAAGCUAACUCUCCCAUACCGUAUAAACUUUCAGAGGAAUCAACAUCUCUGAUUUUAGGGUGGCAAGAAACUCCUGUGAUUGGUGUGUCUGCUUGGAGUUGUUGACACCCUCGAAUGGGAGCCCUAAACAAUUAGAUUGAAAAACUGUGCAUAAUUGUACCAGUACUUGUCAGUUAGGCGGCUGUCGUAGGUUUAGGCGGUGAUGAAUGAAGCUUGCGGUGGAAGCUCUGAGGUGGUGAGAUCAUACCGCCAGUGACGAGAUGAGCCUGCACCAUGCGCAAUCUUCGCUCGAGUAGUUGUUCUAGUAAAGUAUCAGUGUAUAUAAGUUCAUAUAAUCGUGUCAGACUGGUGGGAUCACGGUGCCAACUUUGUUCCAUCGCAGAUUUCUCUUCGCCCAUAGUGAUUUACAUGUUACAAUGCAUUAAGCAGUCUACGAAAAAAUUAAACUCAGUAAUGUUCCGUCAGGCUUUCAGCAUCA